AUGCAAGUGUCUAAUUCAAGCGAAGCUAUUUCAGAGUCUUUACAGACACCACCUCAAGAACAAUCAGAACCAACUAGGAUAGACACUGAGCCAAAUGAUACUAUGCAAGUGUCUACUUCAAGCGAAGCUAGUUCAGAGUCUUUACAGCCACCACAUCAAGAACAAUCGGAACCAGCUAGGAUAGACACUGAGCCGAAUGAUACUAAUUCAAGCGAAGCCAUUUCAGAGUCUUUACAGCCACCACAUCAAGAACAAUCGGAAUCAACUAGGGUAGACACUGAGCCGAAUGAUACUAUGCAAGUGUCUACUUCAAGCGAAGCUACCUCAGAGUCUUUACAGCCACCACAUCAAGAACAAUCGGAACCAACUACGAUAGACACUGAGCCGAAUGAUAAUAAUUCAAGCGAAGUUAUUUCAGAGUCCCUACAGCCACUACAUCAAGAACAAUCGGAACCUGGAAGGAUAGACACUGAGCAGAAUGAUGCUAAUUCAAGUGAAGUUAUUUCAGAGUCUUUACAACCACCACAUCAAGAACAAUCAGAACCAACUAGGAUAGAUACUGAACCGAAUGACACUAUGCAAGUGUCUACUUCAAACGAAGAAUCUUUACAGCCACCACAUCAAGAACAAUCGGAUCCAAAUAGGAUAGACACUGAGCCGAGUGAUGCUAUGCAAGUAUCUACUUCAAACGAAGCUAGUUCAGAGUUUUUACAGCCACCACAUCCUUCCGUUCAAGCCGACUCUGAGACAUCACAUGAAAUACCUCAACCCGAAAAUGACUUAUCAAACAAAACUGAAGAGGAACCAUCGGUAACUGAAGGACCUAAAAUUGAAGAUUUAUCGAUGCUGGUAGAACCACAUAAAAUUGAAGAAUCAUCGAUGGUGGUAGAACAACAUAAAGUCGAAGAUUCAUCUAUGGUAGAACAACAUAAAAUCGAAAAUUCAUCGAUGGUAGAACAACAUAAGAUUGAAGAUUCAUCGAUGGUAGAACAACAUAAGAUUGAAGAUUCAUCGAUGGUAGAAACACAUGAAAUCAAAGAUUUAUCAAUGAUAGAAACACAUGAAAUCAAAGAUUCAUCUAUGACAGAAACACAUGAAAUCAAAGAUUCAUCUAUGGCUGAAACACUUGAAAUCAAAGAUUCAUCUAUGGCUGAAACACUUGAAAUCAAAGAUUCAUCUAUGGCUGAAACACUUGAAAUCAAAGAUUCAUCUAUGGCUGAAACACCUGAAAUCAAAGAUUCAUCUAUGGCUGAAGUUCACAAGGCUGAUGAAGAUUCGACUAUGAUAGAAACCCACAAAACUGUGGAAGAUUCGAUAAUGGCGGAGGUACAUAAAGCCGAGGAUCAAUUAUUGGAUAAUUCUAUGGCCCUCACAGACUACUCCAAUGUACCACCACCUUCUUCACUUACCUCAGCUUCAGGACCAGUUGAGUUUAGUGAUGCUAUGGCGAAAGUAAAAGCUAUCGCAGCCAAAUUCUAUAACUCACAUGGUCCAAGAGAAAGUCGAGAUGAUUACCGGGAUGACUAUCGUAGAGACUCUUACAACAGACGAGAUCGAGGAAGUCGUUACGAAGAUUAUGGAAGAGAUUCAAAAAGAACGGCUUAUGAUGGUGGUUCAUCUCGCCCAGAGCAUUCGUCUCGUACUUCAACUCAAGAAGAAUUUAAGGUACCUAAUGCAGUCGUAGGUUUAGUUAUUGGUCGAGGAGGAGAGAAUUUGAAACGAAUUGAAAAGCAGACAGGAGCACGGAUCCAAUUUUCACAGGAUCAACCACCAGAUGUUAUAGAAAGACGAGUAACUAUUACUGGUACACCAGAUGAUGUUAAGAAUGCCAAAGGGAUGAUUCAACAACUUGUCGAUGAUGCUAUUAACGGAAAUGCACUUAAUCGUCGCGAUUUGCAAGGUGGAGGUAAUCGUUCAACUAUCACAAUUCACAUUCCAAGUAGUAAAGUUGGUGUCGUUAUCGGCCGAGGUGGCGAAACCAUUCGAGACUUGCAGGAUCGAAGUGGUGCACGGAUCAACGUAACACCGGAUGGUGCAGCUAGUCCACAAUCUAAUGAUCGUUCAGUAACUUUAAUCGGAGAUGAAGCAGCUGUUCAAAGAGCCAAAGCUCUAAUUGAUGAAAUUGUAAAUACUGGUGAUUCUGAACCUAACAGGGGUUAUCCUAAAGAUUACCGCUCAAACAGCUAUGGUGGAAGCACUUAUAAUAAUGAUAACCACGGUAAUAACUAUGGUGGUGGUGGUCAUUACGGACCAUAUGGUGGACAUCCUACAGGAAAAUCUAAUCAAGAUAGUAUCACUAUCCAAGUUCCAAAUGAUUCUGUUGGAUUAAUCAUAGGAAAGGCACUUCAACAGCAAUCAGGAGCAAAAAUACAAAUUGAACCUGUUCAUGGUGUUCCGCCAGUCGAGCGCAACGUACAAAUUAUCGGUUCUGCUGAAAAUAUUACUGUCGCGAAACAAUUGAUUCUUGAAAAAGCUGCAUCUGGAAAUGUACUGGAUUACGGAUCGGGUGGAUAUCAACAAAAUCCAUAUCAACAUCAGCAAAAUAGCUAUCAACAAGGCAACUAUCAACAAGGAAAUUAUCAGCAAGGAAGUUAUCAACAAGGUGGUUAUCAACAAGGUACCGGCUAUCAGCAAAGCAGCGUUAACUCAAGUAAUACAGGAGGUCCCGGAUAUCAGAAUAAUGGAUACUCCACUGGAAUAUAUAACACGCAGCCUCAACAAACUGCCUACGUUCAAAACACUACAAAUGAUUACGGACAACCCAUAUCUAGCGGAUAUCCUACUGCUGGUGUAUAUGGAACACAAGGCCAACAGCCUACAAACUAUGGUCAAUAUGGACAAUAUAAUACGAGUCAAACUCCUACAACAUACAACCAAUUUCCUGCUCAGACACAAUAUGGAACUUACGGCCAAGCUACUCAAUAUAAUCAACCUCCUACCGGACAAUCUACACCGGCACCUGUAGUACAACCUGUUGGACAGCCCAUUAAUCAACAAGUUGGUUAUUAUCAGACUCCAGCAGUAAAUCAAACCAAACUUGGUCAGGGAACUGAUGUCAAACAAGAUGGUCAAUCUGUCUCUGUAGCGCCAAAUUACGGCUAUUCACAAUAUGGCUAUACUUAUGGAACGACGGCUGCUACAACAACAACUUCACAGUAUUCUAAUACUACUGGCCCACAAAAUCUCACUACAAAUACAACCCAUACACCCAACGCGUAUGGUUCUACCGCGUCUGUAUAUGGUGCGGUAACAACUGGCACAGCCAUUCACUCCUCUGCUGCUGCUUCAGCACCUGGGACUGGAGAUCAAACUACUACGCAACAACAGACUUAUUCCGGUUAUUAUGGUCAGCAAUACUCUCAAGAUCAAUACA